UGGCAUAUGGUAAGGCAGAGAAAAACGUCGUAAGUCGUGAGAGACUUUUGUGUGAACAUGAUUUCCGCAGCCUUUCCGCUUACGUUUUCACUGCUUUACCUGCGCAGAACAUGUACGCGCUUCUGACUUGCGUGGGGAUCGGGAGCCGGCAGCCCGGUAGGGGUGGGAAAAUCGCAUUUCUUACUGUACGUUACGACUACUACUAUUACGCAGACGUGUAAGCGCCACUACGCUCGUUUUCUGCCAUUAGCCGAACGCGACGUCAUCGAUACGCGGUUGAUAGUGAAGGGGUAAAAUAUAUCACGGUGCAUUUGUGAUAUUUUUUUUGGAAAACGUUUGUAUAGUGAUAAAAAAAAUUGUUCACGAUGAAUAUGUCGGUGGAGAAAAAGAAAUAUCCCUCGGCGUUGCCGAUGAAUUGGCCUAUGAGGGAAGAACUGUCAAGAAAAAGCCAAAACCAAUUGGCGUCUACAGGGAAGGUUGAUUAUUAUUACAGUCGUGGAGUGAGGAACGAUGCGUCGUUGGUACCACCGAUCAGGCAAACAGCAUCGAUUUUUAAACAACCGGUAACAAUUUAUAAGACGCAGGAAGGAAAAGUAAAGGAUACCAAGCAUGGUACUCAGGAGAAACCAAAACAGGAAGGAGCCGAUAAAACUGAUGGCAAGUAUGGCUCCCAAGAUAAGCCUAAGCAGCUUUUCUGGGAAAAACGUUUGGAAGGAUUGCGAGCCUGUGAUCCCAAAGGUUACGAAUUUGAUGCUAUGGAUCUGCCAAAGAAUUUAAAACCAGUAGGCCCGUAUAUCACAGAAGAAACCUUGCUUCAAAGUGUUGCUACUGCUUUACACGUAUCCACUCAACCAGUCACGGGACAGACGGGAUCAAAAAUGGCUUUGGAGAAAAAUCCUGGUGUAUUUCUUAAUCCUGAUCAGCCACUUGUACAGGCAGUCUCAAUAGCAGACGAGGACAUAAAGAGGCAAGAGGAUCGAGUUGCUAUUGCGAGAAAAAAGUUACAAGACGCCCUACGUAAUCUUCAAACUUAAAUUAUGUAAGCUGUAUAUGUAUAUAAAGAUACACGGUCGGUCUUGCGCUGCGCGUGAACUUGGCGCGAGACACUACCGUGUCUCUUGAUUGUCGUCCGCUCAUCUCUUAGUCGUAAGUUCGUCAUAAAUUAUAUCAUACCAUUUUUUGUACAAAGUUUUUGUAAAAAAAAAAAGAAAAAAACGAUCGAUAAAUUUAACGAAAUAUUUAAGACACAGUACUGACUAAUUUUUUUUAAAUGUUUCAAUAAACUUUCUCAACACAUUAAAAUCACAUUAAGAUGUAAAAGAAAUGACCGUGUAGCUGGCUAUUUGACAAAUACCAGAUUCGAAAUGUUUUCUUUCCAUUAGCUAAGGAUAAUUUGGUCAGUACUGGUUCAAAUGGGUUGCCAUCUGUGAAAUAUUUCCUGUGACACGCAGGAAAUCGAUCAGGGUUAGCGUUGGUCACGGAAAUACCAAAUUUCCCGAGUUCAUGUUUGACAGAUGGCAAAAGUGUAGUAUUUGGUUCGGAAAUGUCGCUCCGAAAAUAAAUUAAGUUUGUUGAAGAACAA